AUGGAGGCUUGGACAGCUUAUGGUGGUCUAUCUAGCGUACCUGCAACCAUUCUACGAGAUACAAUGCGAUUGACACAAAUACUUGUGUGUGAGACUGAGAAACAACUUGGUGUACGGCUCACUACGCUUGACUAUCGACAUAUAGCUGUGGGUAUUGGUCGAGUUGUAGUCAGCGAGGCGUUUGGUCAUGGCUAUGACGACGAGGUUGGAGAAGUCGAGGAGGCAGAGGUGGAUGAGACGGGUGAAAGCGCGCUGGAGUUGCAGAAUGCACGAACAACACAGACAGGACUUACCACCUAUAGUGUGCCGCACAGGUUCUUCAGCCUUGCUAGUUGGCAUAACGGCAGUGACACGGACUUCUUGGACGAUACGCCAUGGGCAGGGCAGGGAGCCUGUAUGAAGCGAGAAAGAGAAAAUGACAAUACAGAGGUGUCGGAGCUAGAAAUAGCUAGGCCACAAGAAUUAGAGGAACAGGCUGUUGAUAGUCAUGGUGUCUACAUAGCGGUUCAACAUAUAGUGGGUAGCCUAGAUAUAUUAUUUAAGUCGGUCGAGCAAGAGCAGGGUAUACAUGCAGUUAUGAAAGGUCAGUCUCUAUUAGUCGUGAUACUACCAACCGGAGGUGGUAAGAGCCUGCUAUUCACAGUGCCGGCCUACCUUGACAGGACUGGUGUCACUGUGGUGGUGGUACCUUUCCGGGCGCUGGCCGACAACCUAGUGGAAUGGAUUAUAAAUAGCGGUAUCAAGUGCAUAGAAUGGAAGCCGGGAUGUAUGAGCCUGGCUUCUAUUGUUGUUGUCAGUGCAGACUUUGCUGGCUGA